UGAGUUUCUUCUUCUUCUUUCUUUUCUUCUAAGUGUCAGAUUUGUUAUUGUUAGCAAUUGUGUAUUGCAAUGGCAAAGUCAAAGAAUCAUACCAAUCACAACCAAAACCGUAAAGCUCAUCGUAAUGGCAUCAAAAAACCCACUAGAUACCGUCAUGAAUCUACUUUAGGGAUGGAUGCCAAAUUCUUGAGAAACCAAAGGUUUUCGAAGAGGCAUAAUUUAAGCACGAAACAACAACUCAAAAGGGCGGCAGAGAGAAAAGCAGAAAAAACUGCGAAGAAAUGAUUUGUUCUUAAUGACCAAUAAAUAAUUUUGUAAGCAAUGAUUUUUUUUA